AUCUCCUCGCGCGUGCGCAGCUCACACGUCUCGCUCAAUGUUUUUGUUUUAACGAACGCUGUCGUCUGUCUGUUAUCGCAAAAUGGAAACGACAGGUCUAACGUUAACGAUAGCAAUGAGCGUCAUCUCGCUUCUUUUUGCCUCGGCGACGUGCACGGAGUCUUCGCCCAGGCAACUGAAUACGGAAAACAUCCUGAUCAACGUGACGGCGGGGACGCUCGCGGAUACGCAGCUGCACGAUUCCAACAACCUGCAGAUCAAUUUGAACAUAUCGGUGGGCGAAGAGCAGGUGCUGGUCAAUGACAUCCCGGUAGAGCUGUCGGGGGUCACCAGGUUCAACUGUCAAGCACUUCUCUUAGACGGCAUCAAUGGAAGCAGUGAGUUUGAGUCUGGGGACUUGGUGUCCACGGUCACUCGGGUGAUGGUGAGCCAGAACCGGCUGUACAGCGACUCAGAGGAGGUGGUGGCUCUGCAGGUGUUCAGUGAAGUGAUCGAGAUGGAGGGCAAAGAGGUCCAGCAGCCUGACAUGUGUGAGGUAAAAAUCCUGAUGAGCCCAGAUUUCCAGAAGCUGGCUCAGUUUACGAACAUCUACCCCAUUGGACACAGCGAGAUCUUCAGGGUUCCCAGGGAGAACGACGUAGUGGUCACAGAUCCGCCAAAUCCCAGAAAAGACGAAGAGCAGCUGAUGUCCCAGACCACCAGCCAGUACCCCCUGAAGCACACAGAGACCACGCAGGAGGAGAUUGCAGCACCGGGAAAGCUCCCAGAGACUCCGCUUCGCAUGGACCCUGACCUGCUGUACGAUGUCAGAUACGACGAUGAGUUUGAUGUCAGGGAGCCGAGCCAGCCGGACCAGAUUCAGAUGGAAACUCCGCCCAAAGAAUCCAUAUCCUCUUACUCUGCUAUGUGUCAGUGGGUGGAGGGAGUGAGGGAGCGUCUGAGGCGCUUCAGCUCCGAGUCGCUGCCUCUUUUCUUCCUGGUGAUGUGGGUGGUGGUGAUCGGCGUCGUCGGGUCAGCGGUCAUUGUCAAGAUCUUGGACAUGUUCUUCCCGACCUGUGAACACAAGCACAUUUUUCACCUCAACCCUGUCACUCUCAUGCGGGAGGACGAGAAGCACACUCUGCUGGAGAGCAUAGAAUUAGAGGCAGAAGAAGAGGAGGAGGAAGUGAAGAAGCCUUGAAUGAAAAUUGACUUGGCCAGCUCCUUUUUAGUUUCAGUUUGUUCUUAUUUGUUCUUUAACCUUGGUUACUGUCUUACAUUUUCAGCAUUUGUCGCUAGCUUGUAUUCAAAUUUGUGAACCAGCUGGUUUUGUUUUCACCUCGGUUAAGCCCUUUGAGCACAAUCGCCUUGGAGUGGGAGCGGGCCACCAAACAGAUUUAGCCUCAAAUUUAGUUCAAAUUUAGAGAAAGUGAGGGAUUCACAGCACCGACGUUGUGAUGUUGGCCGUGGAGGUUGGAUUGUUGGGCAUGUGCACAUGUGUAGAUGAGGUGGCCGCCAGGCUGAACGCGCACUUCUUUGCUAUUGGUUGAUGCUGCGACAUCGCCCGGUCACAGAUGCCGAAGUCGCACAAGAUGCAAAUUCUGCGCAUGUCUGAUUGGUCAGAUAGAAUAUAUGGAAAGCCCCCUUCUAUCAAGUCACAAAUUACUACUUUGUAACUUGGCUUUUGAAAUAACAUGUUUGUAUUUUACUAAAAACGACCUAAGUCAUUAUGUGCUUUACCUUUUCAACAUGCCGUAGCAACGGGGUUCACCCUUCCAAAUUUGCCUUCAUUAUUGUUUUAAUAUGUAAAGCAAGAAGCCAAUGUCAUGUGUACGUUGAAGGCUUUGAAGUUAAAGGAAUAGUUCAACCAUUUGGAGAGGACCCACAUUGGCUUGUUGAUUGAUGCCAACGUUAUGUCACACAGCUAGCUUGCGUGUUAUAUCUUGUGCGUGUAACUUGUGCAAAAGUGUAAAAAGGAUUACGUGCUAAACUAUUUCUGACGCUCUCAGAGACGAAGUCAGGAGCUUUGACCUUUGCAUCAGACACUGAGCAAGAAGGGAAAUGGGCGCACGUUCCUCAAAUGUCAAGCUAUUCCUUUUAAGCACAGACGAGACAUCCUUAAAAAGUGCUCGGAAAAAGAAAAACAAUUGACAGGCUUAAAGGAGACUGACAACAUAAGCAGAUAUGAGAACUGUAGGUUCAACAAAUUAAUAUGAACAAACUGGACAUUUCAGGGGCCGCACCCAAUACGUUUGAGUCUGUGUUCACUGAAAAGAUGUUCUCGAUGUAGCAGCUCUGUACAGGUCACACGUUCUCACACUAUGCUUUCUCUCCAAAAAAUACACCACACUGCUGAAUGUGAAGAAAACUAAGAAAAUGCACUGAAUGAUGAGUUUACUCAAUCCAUUGUUUAAUGGGAGGCAGGCGAUGCCUCCUGUCUGAAGAAUAGACAUUACAUUUGAAUCUGUUGCUGCAGAUGGCCCGGAUGAAGUAAAGUAAUAUUUAACCUAAAUGGUUAAAAAGAUGCCGCUUACUGUCUGGAAAUGUUAUUACAAAUCAUGUGUCUGCACAUUCAGCGAGACCUCUUUUAAGCACUGAAUGUCAAUACUGAAAAAAAACACCUCCCUUUAAGGCCUGUUUUCCACUAUUGAGGAUCAUAUAUUGAUUGUUUCUUCACAGUGCCACUGUGACUAUCAGUUGCGGGGGUGGGGAGGGAGGGGCUUAGCAAUUUGAUUUUCUUAGGUUGUGUUGAUGUGGGGUUUCCUGUUAAACAUUGGAGCGGGAAAGGGAGGUUGUUCAGAUUGUCUAUGCACUCCAAGUGCUGACUGGACCGAUGUAAAACGGCGUGUGCACAAGACAUUACCACAAAUUCAGUGUGUAAAUUACUGUUAAAGGAAUAGAAUCUGCACUUAGUUUUGACUUUUAGAGUGAAAACUGGACUUGACUGCAUGUAUGGUUUUUAUUUUUGUAUUUUUGUUGGAGAUUAUGGGCAAAACAUGACAUGUGUGAGGGGCCAUGGAGGUGGGCACAAGGCUAAUUAUGGGUUGAAAAAAGUGUUUUGUGUUAUUUAAUUUUAUUCUUUUCUUUAAAAACACCCGUAAAAUGUCCGCUAGUACGGAAUAGUAUUAGAGCCAAUAAAUCGUAAAAGAAGUAAAAAUGUUCAGAAUGAAGUCAAAAUGUUUGCAUAAAUACUAUUUUGAUUUAUUCUCACAUUUUCAAUUUGUAUGCUUGAUAUUUCGACCAAAUUCUCCAAAUGGUAUUUUGAAUUCAUGCUUAACAUUUUGACUUUAUUCCCUCCCUCCCUCCUCAUACCUGGCCCUAAUACUCCUCCGUAGCUCACUGAGGUUGUGAACAUGUCUCCCAGGGGCAGAAUGCAUGAUGUACUGCGUUAGCAAAAAGGUGCAUGUGUAGUCUAGCUAGUGAAUGCAGUUUGCUGUUCUAGCAGCAAGGUCGACAGCAAAACUGAGAAGCUGCAUGACGACUCAAAGCCGCUCAACCUGUGUUGGGUUCAGCCUCAAAUUCCAAAUUGAGUAAUUCAAUACUACAAAGAUGACACAAAGUUAGCCUUCAAGGCAAACCAUGUCGGGCAUGAAUCCAGAUAUGUUGCUGAAGAAUAAAAUAACAAACGUAUAGUUUGAUUUGCUCCUUGUUUAAAUGGGGUAGACCCCAGUGUGUUACUAUUGAGACAUUUAUGUGCAUACAUUGUAUGAAUUACAGCUGGACUGUGUAUUUGGGUCUAUAAUCCUGCUGAUUAAAUGCUUUCCUUAUGACCAUCAA